CAAAAUCCUACUUGCGCCAACACCUCUUGGCUCUUUAAAGCAAACUAGGAAGGAGGAAGCUGGUGAUGGCAGGCCUCGGACAGCGACAACAGGAGCAUUUGAUCAUGAUAGUAGAGCCGGGAGAAGUAUAAAGAUAUCAAGAUGUUCCCAUCUAGUCUGCUAGUUUUAUCUUCCCUUCAUCAUUCCUUUUCCAUUCUCACAGCCUCUCCCCUAUAUACCCUUUUCAGAAUACAACUUAGACAUGGAGCUCACUAAGUUCCUCGCCUUUUUGGCAAUCACCUUGCCCGUUGCCUACGGUGCCCCCUCACCUACAAAGCUCCACCCCGAGAUUUUGGCCGCUUUAAAGCGUGAUUUGGGGCUAGAUGCCAGGCAGGCUACCGCCCGUGUUGCCCGGGAGCAAUGGGCUGCUGGAGUUAUCGAGCAGUUGCGCACGGAAACAAAGGAUUCCUUUGCCGGCGCUUGGAUUGUCGACGGCCACACACUUAAAGUUGGUGUGACAAGUCAAGCUAUGGCUAAGAAGGUCUCCGCUGCUGGAGCUACACCAGUGAUUAUGACCAACAGCCUUUCUAAGCUCACCGACGCGAAGAAGACACUUGACAAGAUGGGCAGCCAAGUUAGGUCGGCUGGCACCGGCAUCGCAGCAUACUACGUCGAUGUUGCCUCCAACAAGCUUGUUAUAGAAGCACUCUCCGGCAGUGCCACCCAUGCCAAAGCGAUGGCGAAGGUAGCCGGGCUUGCCGAGAACGAUGAGUUUGAAGUCCGAGUCGUCGACAAAAUGCCCACCACUUUCGCCACGGUUCAAGGCGGCGAUGCUUAUUACAUUAACCAGAGUGCUCGGUGUUCCGUUGGCUUUUCAGUCACAAGUGGCUUCGUGUCGGCUGGCCACUGUGGAACUUCAGGCAGUUCUGCCGCGACCAGCGACGGUGAAUUUCUGGGAACCUUUCAAGCGUCGGUCUUCCCAGGAGACGCCGAUAUGAGCUAUAUCGGUACCGAUGGAGCUACCCUCACCGGCCAAAUUAACGGCUACGGUUCAAGCAGUAUACCCGUAACGGGUAGCGAUGUUGCUGCUUCUGGAUCUAGCAUUUGCCGUUCCGGGUCUACCACCGGGGUCCAUUGCGGCACAAUCAGGUCAUUCGACGCAACAGUCAACUAUUCUGAAGGAAGCGUCACAGGUCUCACCGAAACUGAUGUAUGCGCUGAGCCUGGCGACUCUGGUGGCUCUUUCUAUUCCGGCUCCCAGGCCCAAGGUGUAACUUCAGGAGGUUCUGGUGAUUGUUCCUCCGGCGGCAUCACCUAUUUCCAGCCUGUGAACGAGAUUUUGGAAACCUACGGUCUUACAUUGGUUACGUCAUAACUAGCCAAUGCUGUUGCGACCGUUUGAGCAGAAGUGGAUGUUGAAUUUCUUGUCUAUACCUUGGAUAUGUAUAUAAACUUAUAUAUUAUGAGAAAUGCUUGAAAAUGAUUUCAC